AUGGCCAAGAUGCAUACUCCGGCCGCCUGCUUCCUUCCUCUCCUCUUUCUGCUUGCUUACCUCCCUCCGGCGAGCCCCCAACUGCUCAGAGAGUGCGGCUUCUCUGCCCUCUACAACUUUGGCGACUCGAUGUCGGACACGGGCAAUGCCCUAGUCCAGUUCGACUUUGCGGGCUCGGGGCAGCACCCGUACGGAAUGUCCACCCCAGACGGGAAGCCGACGGGGAGGUUCUCCGACGGGUACCUCCUCAUCGACCGGAUCGCGGAGUCGGCCGGGUUACCCCACUGUAACCCGUACCUGAGGAAGGAUCUGGACCACAGCAAAGGCGCCAACUUCGCCGUGGCUGGAGUCGGCCUCCUGUCCAAGGCUCAGCGAGACACGCUUAACAUACACUUUAAGUGGUCUCAGAGUGGUCUGGACGAACAGCUCGAAUGGUUCGCCAACUUCUCCAAGGAGGCCUUCCACAAUGAAUCAGCCCGCAAGGCCAAUUUUGAGUCGGCCCUCUUCGUACUCGGCGGUGGAGGGAACGACUACGGCGGGUUUAAGAGCACACCGGAGGAGAGGAUGACGAUCAUCCCCAUCGUGAUUGCGGCUCUCAAAGAUGGAAUCAAGGCCGUGAUAAGCCUUGGGGCGAGGAGGAUAGUGGCGAUGGGGGUAUACCAAGGAGGAUGCUUUCCGGGGUACAACGAGACGUGGCUGGAACACGACCAAGGCCCUAUCAUCUGCGACAAAGAGUGGAAUUCCCACCUCGACCACCACAACAAAGAGGUUCGGCUGAUGGUUGCUGAUUUGGGAAGGGAGUUCCCCGACAUCCACAUCGCCUACGGCGACGUUUGGGAUGGGGUGCAGUGGAUGUUCGACCACUACCACUCUCUUGGCCUGAAGCACAACAGCUACCGGCGAUGUUGUGGAAUCAAGGAUAACGAUAACUGUGGACAACCCGGUGUUCCAUAUUGCAAGGAUCCAUGGAAUUACAUCUGGUUUGACGGUUACCACUUCAGCGGCCAUGCAUACCAGCUUAUUGCGAGGAAGGUCGUACCCUGGAUCCAUCGCGAUUUGGACUGUGUCAACUCCACAAGCUUGAAAUCGGAUGCGGCGGGUAGAAGAAUCCGGCAGCAACUCUGGUUGCCAUUUGCUGUUAGUUUCUUUGUUCUAGUGGGUAUGAUUUGACGCGGCGAGGCCUGAUUUGAGUUUCUAUGUUUAGCUUAAGUUGGACUUCUAAGUACUCGUGUUGUUGGCAUGUAAUGGAAGUGUAGUUUGAUGUUGUGGUGGC